CCCCCUUCUUCCCCCCACAAAAGAGAACUUUCAAGCAAGCGAAAAAUUACCCAUUUUCAUUCAUAACCACUUGAAGACUUUUUCUUCCUUCAUUGGGCUUACAAAUCAACAGACAGUGAUGAAGAUCCGAGCCGGGCUAUUAAGUUGCUCGUUGUGUGUCUGGCUGGUCUCAAAUCCUAUCAAAGCAGAUCGCACAGAACCAGAGCAGUUAAUCCUUUCAUCCUCAAGCACACCAAGCCUGGUGAAGACGGACAAUUCAAACCUGAUCUUUGCGUCCUUUGCGGGACUACUUCAGCAAUGGCCCAACACGUUUGCCUUCAGCGGGCACUCCAUCAUCACCGGGUUGGUCCCGCGCUCAACGGUACUCUACCACAGCACUCGAGAUCCGACAGGGCCGCCAAAGCAAGGGUUCGAGUGGCUGGCCUUCGAUGCCGAGAUGAGCUUUGCAAUUGGCAGCUACAAGCCCUGGGAGUUCCGGCUGUACACAUUCGUCGCCGACCGGGCCCUCCGGGUGAUCUAUCUCGAUGGUCAGAGCGCUUCCCUCGGCACGCCCGGCUUUAUGGACUCUCAGUACGCCCUCAUCAACGGCUCCGUUCCCGAGGACUUCCCCGACAUGGGUAAUUACUACGAAGCCGAAUACAUCCGUGCUGCUGAGCUCUGCAAGCUCGCCGACAAAUAUGGCUUCGAGGGCGUGGUCAGGAUGAACACCGGCUUUGAACUGUUAUGGUGUGACUUUAAAAAGGGCAUCCACCUUCUUGAUGGAAUUAAUGUUACUGACCCCUAUCAAGAUAAGGUCUCGCCGCCUAAACUGAACGACCAAGCGAUUAAUAGAUUUGAUAUUCAAAAGAAGCCACCACCCCAAUCACCAUUUCGUUCCAGGGCUUCCUGGCGCUUUUGCCGUUCCGCCGCCCAGCACUUUUUCGCGCCUGGGGAGGUACGAGUCGUCUUAGAUCCCUCGGGAUUUAUAAGUUUCUAUGAUGGUCUUGAGAGUUUGGAGGUGAAGCGACGAAUGGAUGGGACAAGUACUGGGCCGCGUUCUCGACACCGCUUGUAUGGACUGAGUAGCGAGGAUGCAAGGACAGUCCAAAAGCGGCUGGCCGAGGUGCUCGAGCGGAAGAACUCUGAAGAUUGGCGGGUGGAUCCUGAGCAGCCAGACUGGCGCGCCAUGGUCCUGACGGUCAUCCAGAGGCUCAGCCCGGUGCUCGGCGAGCUGCAAUAUGUUCUCCACAGGGACGACCUGAAUGCGACCGAACAGGCCAUCGAAGUGCGCGGAUUGGCCUACGACAUCAUCAUGCCUUCGCUGGACUUUUCGGACUGGCCGGACCGGCAAGAACCGCAAUGGCUGUCCCGCGGGGUUCGUAGAUGCGUCGACGCAAUAUACACCUCCGCCGGACAGCUUCCCUCCGAGCUCAGCCACUCGAUCGAGCUCAUCAUUGGGGCUAUCGAAGGCACCUUACACCGAGUCUGCGAAACGGUCUACUCUCUCUUCUCGCAGACCAUCCAGCUGUCGCUCCCAGUGAGGCCCAAAUUCUCCUUCAACUCCACCCUCGAGUCUCUCGCCCGAUCCAAACUCCCGGAAUGGCGUGAGCAGCUCGGAGGCCUCCAGAAAUGGCUCGGGUGGUCCACCUGGACCCACUGUGACCCUCUCUGUAAACCCAACGAGAUCUGCAUGCCACCGUUAUGGCCCUACCUCUUUGGAAAAGUGCUCACUAAUAUCACUGAUCAGUUCCCAUUCUGUUCUAAUGCCUCAUCUGCUUUUGGAUAGCUUCAUUUUUCCAUUAAAAUGUUGAUAGAGAUUCUUUUUUUUUACUUGAUUUACUCUUGCAUAACUACUGUUCUUCUACUUGAAAUGACUACUUGCGUC